UCUAUCUUCAACCUGCCAGUCUCACGCAUAUAGAUCAGCCAUAGUCUCACCUACCGGCGGCGGCGUUUGAAGUAAUGGCAGGACGUGGAAAGACUCUUGGCUCAUCCGCCGCGAAGAAGGCUGUAUCCCGAAGCAGCAAGGCGGGCCUCCAGUUCCCCGUCGGCCGUAUCGCUCGGUUCCUCAAGGCCGGAAAAUACGCAGAGCGAGUUGGUGCCGGAGCUCCGGUGUAUCUCGCUGCCGUCCUUGAAUACCUUGCGGCGGAGGUACUUGAAUUGGCUGGAAAUGCGGCGAGGGACAACAAAAAGACGAGGAUCGUGCCAAGGCACAUCCAAUUGGCAGUGAGGAACGACGAGGAGUUGAGCAAACUGCUUGGAGAUGUGACGAUUGCCAAUGGCGGUGUUAUGCCUAACAUUCACAACCUUCUUCUUCCCAAGAAGGCCGCUGGCAAGGCAACCGAAGAAGACUAGAUAAAGAAGGCUAGAUAAAUGCAAACAGAUAAGGAGCGUUUUGGAGUUGGUUCUGUUCUCAUUUGUUUCCAGAUAGCAUUCUCUUGUUCUCUUAGUAGAUUGGGUUCAGUAGGUUAGGUUGCUUUAGCUAUAUGUUCCCCAUCGUCUCUACUUCCCCUUUCUUAAAUCAUGUUUGUAUAAAUCUAAGGAUGAUUUGAAAGCAAUGGUUUGUCUUCAUUUCCGCACCUUUAAUUUAAAACAAAAAAGACCAACAUUCCUGUAAUUCACAUGUUGUUCUUCUACACUUUUAACUUCUGAAUUUGGAACUCUUCUGGUUUUGACUUGUUUUAUAAUCUCAGUAAGCUCUAAAAUUUAUGCAAUUUGAGGGUUACGAUAUUAGUUUUUUUUAUGAAUUGAUGCAAUCGAUUUCUUUUACUGAAUCGCAAUCUUUCAAAACCCUUCACCAAAACAUAUCUUGUUCCCGAUUUGAUCUACACACAUAUUAAGGAAAUAAAUUUAUCAGGGGUUAAAUUUUAUUGUUUUGACACUGUUUGACAUUGUUUCGACAAUGUUUGAUACUAUUUCGACACUGUUUGACAUUGUUUCGACAUUAUUUGAUACUGUUUGAUACUGUUUCGACACUGAUUGACAUUGUUUUGCACUGUUUGACCUUGUUUUGAUGUAUGAUAACCUUCCAUUUAGGGAAAAGAGAACUUUCGAACGGGAACAUUCCAGCGGGACGGAGGGAGUAGUAUAUUUUGCAAUAAAAAUACUCCCUCUACCUCCCUAUUGAUUCC